AUGGUGUCGCUGAAGCUUCAGAAGCGGCUCGCCGCCAGCGUUCUCAAGUGCGGCAAGGGCAAGGUUUGGCUUGAUCCUAAUGAAGUCAAUGAAAUCUCCAUGGCUAACUCUCGGCAAAACAUAAGGAAGCUGGUCAAGGAUGGAUUCAUCAUCAGGAAACCAACCAAGAUUCACUCACGGUCUCGUGCCCGCAGAAUGAAGGAGGCCAAGAGAAAAGGCCGACAUUCUGGAUAUGGUAAGCGCAAGGGUACUAGAGAGGCAAGGUUGCCCACAAAAAUACUGUGGAUGAGGAGGAUGAGAGUGCUUAGGCGCUUGCUCCGCAAGUACAGGGAAUCUAAGAAAAUUGACAAGCACAUGUAUCAUGACAUGUACAUGAAGGUGAAGGGUAAUGUUUUUAAGAACAAGAGGGUGCUAAUGGAGAGCAUCCACAAGUCAAAGGCUGAGAAAGCUAGAGAGAAGACCUUGUCUGACCAAUUUGAGGCUAAGCGUGCGAAGAACAAGGCUAGCAGAGAGAGGAAGAUUGCUAGGAGAGAGGAAAGGUUAGCACAGGGACCAGUUGAGAGAGCACCGCAACCUGCAGCUGCACCUGCUGCCCAACCAGCUCAGACAACAAAGAAAUCAAAGAAGUGA